GGUGAAGUUUUGGGAAUCGGAGAAUGGAGGAGGAAAAGCUAGAGAUCGUCGGACCAAUGGAAGAGCCGUUGAUGGGGAACAUCGUACCAGAGGAGAUCAACGGCUCCUCGUCAGAUACUGAUAGCGAGAAACCAGGAUCCCCUGUUCCCAUCCAUGCUCCGAUCUACCGUAUGUUUGGUAGAGAACGACCGAUUCACAUGGUUCUCGGCGGAGGUAAACCUGCUGAUGUGUUGCUAUGGAGAGACAAGAAGGUCACGGCAGGUUUACUCAGUGCAGUGACUUUGAUUUGGCUUUUGUUUGGAUUUGGUGGUUGUCGUCUUCUCACGUUUAUAUGUCGUGGCUCUAUUCUCUUUCUGCUUCUCUCAUUCCUCUGGUCCAAUGCACUCAACAAAUCUCCAGAGAACAUAGUGGAGAUUUACAUCCCUGAGAAGCCAUUACUUCAAGCUGCUUCUGCAUUGACCUUUGAGCUUAACUGUGCUUUGGCAACUUUGAGGAGCAUUGCCUUAGAGAGAGACAUCAAGAACUUUUUAGUGGCGAUCAUUGGACUUUGGCUCGUAUCGAUCAUCGGAAAUUGGUUCAACUUCUUGUCAUUGCUCUACAUCUGUUUUGUUCUGAUUCACACGGUGCCAAUGCUUUAUGAGAAGUACGAAGAUGAAAUUGAUCCAAUUGCAGAGAAGGCUGUGAUUGAGAUGAAGAAGCAAUACCAACUUUUUGAAGCCAAGUUUUUUAGUAAGACCCAUCAUUAGCCAAACAACAACUCAGAUAUCGAGAUUGAAUUAGAUUCGAUUAAUUUACAGUAGUUAGUACAAUUAUAUUUAUUUAUCUGUUUAUGUGGUUUUGGUUACUUAUUACUCAAGUCAUCUAAACUAUU